AAGGCUGGGGCCGUUAUCUCUCUGCUGUCAGGCCCGGCUAACUGUAACGCUUGUCCUUAGUGCCUCACUUCCUUGGUUUCUUACAGCAUUUCCUGAGCACAAAUUGAUAAACCAUUGACAUGUUUUGGAAGAGGAGAAAAGGCACAGGAAGCUGAUGUUUAAACUCUCAAUCUUACAGGGCCUAAGAGGAGAAAAACUCCAAUCUUUUUCUACAAAUCUGAAGCUGUACUAACUUCAGAGUUUCAAGCUGUUAAGUUGUCUCCUGUGAAAGACAAACAAGGGAUCCUAUCAGUUCUUUGCAUACACAAUGUGGACUCUGCAAAAGUCAUUGCUACUGCUACGAACUGACUGAAACGUCGUGUCAGGAUGUGAGUCUGCAUUGCCUGUUGGCUGAGGCAGAUUCACUGGGAUUUUUUUUUGAAACUGGUGGUUGUUUGCAGACAGCUCUUGUGGUAAAGCAAUUUAAGGCACAGGUUCCUUAAGUCAUCUUGUUCACCCAUGAAGAACAAGGGAGCAAAACAGAAAGGAAAACGGAAGGGUGCGAAGGACACUGCGUUUGGUUGUGACCUAGGUGACUACUUACAGAACUCCGGACAGGAUGUUCCUCAAGUCCUCAAAAGCUGUGCAGAAUUCAUUGAAAAACAUGGAAUUGUAGAUGGAGUCUACAGGCUCUCAGGAAUUACUUCCAAUAUUCAGAGGCUGCGGCAGGAGUUCGGUACAGAGCAGCGUCCUGACCUGACUAAGGAAGUGUAUCUACAAGAUAUCCACUGUGUGGGCUCCCUCUGCAAACUGUACUUCCGUGAACUGCCCAAUCCUCUUCUCACAUAUGAGCUCUACAAAAAAUUCACGGAGGCAGUCUCUGCUGAGUCAGAAGAGGAGCAGCUGACCAGAAUCCAAAAUGUCAUUAAAGAGCUACCUCCUGCACAUUACAGAACUCUGGAAUACCUGAUAAGACAUUUGACACAUAUUGCUUCCUUCAGCACAAAGACAAACAUGCAUUCUAGGAACCUAGCCCUUGUCUGGGCUCCCAAUUUAUUAAGAUCAAAAGAAAUAGAAGGGUCUGGAUAUAACAACGAUGCUGCAUUUCUGGAGGUUCGAGUCCAGUCCAUCGUUAUUGAAUUCAUCCUGAAUCACGUCAAUCAGCUCUUCGUUAGCAACACAGUCCAACUUGCACGGGACACUGAAGCACACAAUCCUAUUGCGAAAUGCAAAUCACUCCCUAUUGUCUCACCAUCAAUGAAGCUUUUAACCUUAGAGGAAGCCCAGGCCAGGACUCUGAGACCUGACCAUCCCGCUCGUCUUGAAAAAUCACACUGUGCUCCAAUGGACACUGGACCUGCAGCAGGGACUAUUUAUCACACAGUCAUUGAUCUGCCAGAUCCAAGGAGAAAAAUUCCUGCAAAGACAAAGAAAUGGAAAUCCAUAUUUAACCUGGGACGAUCAGGAAAUGAUUCAAAGGGUAAACUAAGCAGAAAUGGCAGUGUGUUUGUGAGAGGACAUCAAUUUGCAGAGAAGGGCAACAUUCGACCUGCUAAAAGCAUGGAAUCCCUUUGCUCUUUGCCAAUAGAUGAUGAUGAAAUAGGGGGUCGAUUUAAACAUGCUGCAAAGCUGGGAGGUAACCUUUCCCCAUCACUGAAAUCUUGCACACUUGGCUCAGGAGGUUCUUACAGUCUAGGCAGGAGGCACAGUGAUUGGGAUCAGGAAGACCUCCUUGGUGCUAUUGGAGGAUGUGCCAAUGACGUUAGUGAAGAAACACCCGACAAGGAGUCAGCACCACUGAGGGCACAGCCAGAGCAACUGAAGGUUUUUCGUGGAGAUGCUUUCAAUAAAUCAGAACCCACAUCACCAAAGACUAGACGACUGUUUUAUUCAAACAAUCCCAAUGAUUCUUCAGCAAAAUCUAACUUCCCAGGUAACUUAUUUCCCCUUGAAGCAUCGCCACGACAUCAUAGAAAGCCAAUGGCAUUGAAUAUAUCUGAGCCUUUUUCUGUGUCUGUGCCAUUACACAUCUCAGGAAUUAUCAGCCCCACCACCACAUCCUGUAGACAACCACAAAAUCUAAAAGACUCAGCUCUUCAAGAAUCAACAAAUGGGACAUCGCGAGAUGAAGGCAGUAUUCUACCAGUCACCAAAGAUGGGGAAGGAGAUCCUCACAGUGAGCAGUCUAAUUCAGAAAACCAGAAGCCAAAUGAUGACCAGGAAAUUGAGAAGUCCCUGUUGCAGACUGAGCCACUCACUGAUGAUUACUCAAAUUCAUCGUCACAAGACCAGCCACAACCUUUCCCAACUCUGACAAGUCAACACUCUGAUCCAUUACAGCUCACGCCCUCAAUGUCAGUGUCCAGUUCAGCCGCUCCUCCAGACCUUGGUGAGAAAACAACACUGGAUGGAACAUCAGCUGCACUCCUAACAAGGCAACCGCAUGAAAAUGGACAUCAAACAGAAUGGAGUGAUGAUAUGGAAGAGCAAGCAGCAACUAUACAGGACACAGAUUCAUCUGCCAAGGCAUUCAUAGAACAACUGUGGCCAGAAACGAAAGAGCUUGAAAUCAGGGAACCUGACGAGGCCACUGCAGUGAAUAACACUGAGGAAAAGAUGGAGGACAGGCUUAUUCAGCCUCAUGACAAGAGUGAUAUUGAGGACAAGUCCCUGCCUGGCACAACAGUAAAGCCAAAGUUUAAAGGGCCUCAAAGAAUACACAGUCUUCCUGAUCUCUUCUUAUCAAGUCCACCUCCCGUGAUUGAAAACAGCACAGAAGUGUUGUGCCUGAAUGCCACAAAUCACAUAAGUUCCAGUGAAGCAAAUGAUACCAAGAUCUCUGAUCCUAGCUUGUCUCAGCUGAGUCCAUCUACUAAACCAUUCAGUGGGUGCUCAAAGACAGAGCUUUCUCAACCAAUAUCAGACGCAAAUAUUUUGAUGGCACCAAUCGAGAGCCCAACAAAAUGGUGCAGAGGAGUUUCUAUGGGUUCUUUUAUCUCAAAUUAUCCUGAAUCUAAUCCAGACCAACAAAAUGAUCCUAACUCAAAUGAAAAGCAUCAAUGUCUGAUUGCCCCCCUUGAAUUAAAGCAUUUGGAGCCUUGUGAUCAGGAUGGAAUCUCUAACAAACUUGCAUCAGAUACCAGUAUUUCAGGAACAUGCUCAGAAGAUGUUUUCUUCAGCCAAGCAGAACAGACAACAGUCAAUCUGUCAAACAACGAAUGUGAUCAAAAGGAGCAAUUGGUAGAUAUUCAGUUCAGUCAGACACCUGCAGAAGCACAGACUGAAGCCAGUGAGCUCCUGCAACUGGAAGACUGCAUGGUCAAUGAGACUUUAAAACAGUCUGGCUCCCAUUCACCCCAGCUGGAUCAAACGGCGCAAGAUGGGAAAGAAUGUUCGACAUUAAUGCCUCCAAUUGAAAUCCCAGGUGAAAGGCAGGAGUCAUUAUCACCUGAUGUUUGUACAGAUAUAAUAGCUCCUAAAGAUCUUUAUGAUCAUUCAUCUCAAUCUGCUAACAAAUAUAUUGAGUGGAACAGUCAAAGCCCAGAGUUUUCGUCCCAAAUCUGCAAUGGAGAGACUUUUGAAAAUAGCUCUAAUCUAACCAAUUCUGUACAGUUCCCAAAUAAAGUGGAUGGAAUCUCUGUACAUGACCAGCUGCAUGUUUCACUAACUGAAGACAAUUCAUUAGCAUCAAAUGAAUCAGACAGUUUAUGCAUUAUAAAUGCAGAGGUGACACCAUGUUUGAAGGCAACAGAACCUGAGCCCUUAAGGAUAACAUCUGAUAGAAAUGAGGAGUGCUGCUUGAAGUCUAAUGAUGAGGCCUCACUAUUUGUCUUAUACCCCAUGGUUAAUGAUAAGCCUCCUAUCUCUGAUAGUUGUACUAUUCAGUCAAUCCCUAUUGGUGUCACUGCCGUUCGAAUGACUUAUAUGAUAAAGACAUGUCAAGUCAAAGCCAUUCCGGUUAUUCCACCAAAACUCCAGUUCACCCAGAUCCCCCAACCUUUGGCAAAAAAGAAUCUCUCUCCCCCCGCACUCCCUUUGGAUAAAGUGUUAACAAUUUUGCAACCCAUUACAGCACAUGAACAGAGCAGUCCUGAGAGCAAACAUAGAUUGGAUUCUUCUUUAAUAAAUUCUUCAGUAGCAGAAUGUAAAGAUGGGAAAGAAAAUGGCCUAUCUGGACAUGAAUGUUCUACCACUUCACCAGAUACCUCACUUACGCAAUCCAAAACCACCGAAGCCACACCAAUUGGGAAUAAAACCUGCCAGUUAAAUGGGGAAGAUGUAUUCAACAAUCCAACAUCUUCCAAAAUGGAAAGAUCUCCAGUUCAGCAAAAACCUGGGUUUCUGCGGCAUGCACAACACAGAUCAAAAGCAGGACGGCCUCAAAGCCUCAUCCUAUUCAGUCCACCCUGGCCUAACAUGGAACGUCCUUCUUCACUAGACACCAACAAGGUGCUUCUUAGUCCAGUACAAUCCAGCCCUGAACAACUUUCACCAUUAGAAUUGGAUCACUCAGCCCCUGACAGCUACAUGCAGGAACUUAAUGACAGUCAGAACGGACCAGAUGGUGUCACACUCCGAAGCCGAAUGAGCAUGCCAAAAAGUGGGCAGAGGUUGGAGACCUCAACAAGUUGUUUUUACCAGCCUCAAAGGCGGUCCAUGAUAUUUGAAAAUAGAGGGGGCAGGCAAAUUGAAUGACCCCCUUUUGCUGAUUCUACGAACUUCAGACUGGCAAAUACACAGAUUUAAUUGUGAUGACAUUUUUCAAUCACAAUCUAUAUGUAUUCUAUCAUCUACUGCUCAAAUGUCUGUAAAAGUUUGAAAAUAUGCAUUAGAACAAGCACAAAACAUAUGAUGUUAUGUAGCUGGAUUUGUACAAGGUGAGAGCGACAGGUUAUUUGGAUUAGGUCUUUCAUAAACAAAAUGCACAAACCUGAGUCGAGUGCUGAACACAUCACAACUUAACUAUGUAUGACUUAAAAUGAAUCGGGAUAAAUCCAAAAUAUACAAAGUAGUGACCAAAUUGUUAUUUAAAAGUACAUUUCAUAUAUAUUCUCUAAACAAAAUCUGUGCAACAAAUGUGAGGAUGAGGCUAUUACUGUCAAACUGUACAGUACUCAUCUUGCUAAUAGCUCAUUUCUCAUUUCAGUAGAAUGGGUGCCCUUGCCUGAUUUGCUACAAAGAAUGCAUUACUGUAAUAUUUAUUGGAAUUUGAAGUGAAUCUCAUAUGAGGAUAAGUGGAGACAUUUUACCAUGAAUGUUAUGAGUAUGGAAUUGUGCAUCAUUGGUGUUUUAACACACUUAAUGAUUGACUUCAUCAACAUCCUGCUUUGUUUAUUGCUUACUUCACCUGUUGACCCAUUACACUUUGUAACAGAGCAACUUCAGUUCGAAUUACUGUACUUUUCAAAUUUAUACGGAUCUAUUAUACCUCAUAGAAAAGAAAGCUAUGGAAAAUUGUGUCACUCGUUUUUUGGCUAAAGCAGAUAAUCUACAAAAGAUAUACUACUGUUUUAUUUAACUAGAUUCAGCCAUCUCAGAGGAUAGACAAUAUCAGUGUUUUUCUGUAAAUGCUUCAACAUCUCAGUUUCAAUGUUUAUGUCUCUGUCAUGUAUUGAAAUUAUUUCU